CGGCUGAGCCUGCCCGCCCUUCACUCUAGGCUUCUUUCCUGGUGCCCGUUGCCAAGUGAUGACGUAACCCUCGCUGCUGCGCCGCCCCCAGGAUCAAAGCUGCCCGCCCACCUGCGGGUUGCGCUACUAAAGCAGGGUACAAGAAUCUUACAUACAUUUAGGCUCAAAUCUGGUAGCUUUUCUUAG